UCGAAAUCGAAAUAUUUUUGCAUGAACAUCGAACCUUAACUCCGACCGACACGCAGUAACUUAACAACAAAAACUCAUUACUAAUAUUACUGCUGUCGAUUUAGUUAGCGCGAAACGAUACCGAGCUCAGGCAACCAGCGCUACCGCAAGUUCGAUUCAAGGAGGAAAGGACAACUUGAAAUAUUUGGAAAAGAUGCAGAUCAAAGAAUUCCGUGUGACCUUGCCAUUAACUGUGGAAGAGUAUCAAGUAGCACAAUUAUUCUCGGUGGCCGAGGCAUCAAAAGAGAAUACGGGCGGUGGCGAGGGCAUCGAGGUGUUAAAGAACGAACCCUUCCAUGAUGUUCCCCUGCUGGGUGGAAAAUACAACUCCGGGCAAUACACAUAUAAGAUCUAUCAUCUGCAAUCAAAAGUUCCAGCCUAUAUAAGACUCUUGGCGCCCAAGGGCUCACUGGAGAUCCAUGAGGAGGCAUGGAAUGCCUAUCCCUAUUGUCGAACGAUUAUUACGAAUCCCGGUUACAUGAAUAAGAACUUUAGAGUAGAUGUCUAUUCGCAACACCUUGAUUAUAACAUUGGGGAGACCGAGAACGUGCAUGAGCUGACGCCGGAUAAGCUGAAAAUGCGUGAGGUGGUGCAUAUUGACAUUGCCAACGAUCCUGUCCUGCCUGCGGACUACAAACCCGAUGAGGAUCCAACCACCUACCAUUCAAAGAAGACGGGCCGCGGUCCCCUGGUGGGAGCCGAUUGGAAAAAGAAAGUAAAACCCGUCAUGACCUGCUACAAGUUGGUGACGUGCGAGUUCAAAUGGUUCGGCCUGCAAAAUAGAGUAGAAACAUUCAUUCAGAAAUCGGAGCGCCGUCUCUUCACAAACUUCCAUCGCCAAGUUUUCUGUUCAACUGAUCGCUGGUACGGUCUGACAAUGGCUGACAUACGCGCCAUCGAGGACCAGACCAAGGAAGACCUGGACAAGGCGCGGCAGGUUGGCGAAGUGCGAGGCAUGCGCGCGGACGCCGAAUAAGUCUAGUUACAAAAUUCUAAACAAACUAUAUAUGUGUAUGUAAGGAUCUGGAGAAACAAAGCAAAAACUAGAUGACAUGGCAAGGCGAGCAGGCGAUAAUGAAAUUGAGAUAAAAUUGCAUAAAUAAAUUUACAAUACCAAACAAACACCAAGCAAGCAAAACUGAAACGAAAUGAAAGCAAUUCGAAGCAAACAGUAGCAGCAGAAACUAAAACAAAAGCAAAACACCAAGUGUACUGCAACCGCAGCAACAGAGCUGAGUUCUAGUGUAGCACCCAACAACCCAACAAAUUAAAGAGAACCCGAGAAAGCCGAGUUGCAACCGCAGUAAGUUAGUUAAGUUCCUUUCCCUGCACUGUAUGUUACAGGAGCAAAAACACACAGGACAGAAUGCGACAGGACAGCCUGUUACACGUGAAAUCCAAUUGUUUAAGUUGCAGUUUUAAAAAUUGUAAAAAUAAACCAGAUCAAAGUUAA